UUCAAGAUAUUUUUCAUACUUUUAAAGUACCGUUUGGUUUUACACAGUGCAUUAUGUUGUGCUGCUGAUCGCCAAAAAAAAAAUUACCAGAAACUUAAGACCCUGAAAAAAAGGACUAUUUUCUUGCCUCACAAAUUGCCUCUUGCCUUCGCUUCCUUAUGAGUACUGUUAAAAGAAGACAAUAUAGAAUUUGGUCUUGUCUGCACCUAUAGCCUCGGGACCUAGCUGUUGAGCCAUGACUCUGAGCUCAGAGAUGUCCGAUGCGUCCAUCCUUUCGGAAGAAACAGAUAUCGACGUGGUAGGCGAAGGAGAGGAUGGAGACAGCCAAAGACGGUCCUACGUGGACGAAGUGGCCCAGAUGCAUGACGAUAUUCUCCUGGCCGCGUCGCCGCAAUGCGCGGAUAGCUUAUCAUCCCGGGACUCAUACAAACCAGCAGGCAAAAGCACCGUAGUGAAACCUCCUUACUCUUAUAUUGCCUUAAUUACAAUGUCUAUCCUGCAAAGCCCCAAAAAGAGACUGACGCUGAGCGAGAUCUGCGAUUUUAUCAGCAACCGCUUCCCUUAUUACAGGGAGAAGUUCCCAGCUUGGCAGAACUCCAUCAGGCACAAUUUGUCCUUAAACGAUUGCUUUGUCAAGAUACCCAGGGAGCCCGGGAACCCGGGAAAAGGCAAUUACUGGACCUUGGACCCGGAGUCAGCCGAUAUGUUCGACAACGGCAGCUUUUUAAGGAGAAGGAAACGCUUCAAAAGGCAGCAAUCGUCGGACUUGCUGCGGGAUCAAAGCAAUUUUAUCCCAGCUGCCGCUUAUGGUUGUGGACCCUACGGCUGCGGAUAUGGGAUUCAGUUCCAGCCUUACCACCCGCAUUCAGCUCUUUUCGCAUUUCAACAGCAGCAGCAGCAGCAGCAAUCCACCAGACACACUGGAACUAUUAUACCCGCACCUUCCUUAAUGCCUCCCACCACUGACCUGGCGAGGACCCGCUUCUACCCCCAGCUCAGUCCCAGUCUGCCUUCAUCAUUACAGACAACAACCAAAUCUAGCGCGUGUGUGCAGCGCUCUCCCUUUUCUAUAGAGAGUAUCAUAGGGGCUCGCCUAAGCCCCGUUAACAGCUGUGGUUCCAGGUCCUCUCCCGUGUUACCCCUGUUACCUUCAUCACUCUCCUCGUUGACAGCCCUGCCUCGCGCACACCAAGGACCUGCUUUACACUCGGUGGAGAACAUUGCUAAUAGGAAUUCAAAUGGCUGUUAACUUAUAUACAUAUAUAUAUAUAUAUUAAAACAAAACAAAAAACUCCCAGAAGGUAGGGUUAUUUUUGUACGUUUUUGUUACACUCUCAGCUAAAUAACUGGCAUUUGAAUUCAAAUCACCAAAGCCUGUAUUCAUCCUGUGAAAAUGGAAAUAUAUAUAUAUAU